CAACCAGUAUUCCAGGGGCCUGUAUCACGAAGCAGGAUUUCUUGCUUAGUCUCAGUUUCGUCCACAAUGUAAACAUUUUGCAGUUUGUUGCGUGGUUGUGCAUCAUCCGUUGCUUUUCCUAAGACCAGUGUUCAAGAAUGGCGGCCUCAUUUGUUGCAAGGGUGCUGCACUCUGAGAACUGCUCAGGAUGAUCUCUACAAAAUCACUGGAAGCAUUUCCGCCUACACUUCCCUUGUGUCUCCAAAUAAUUUCGUUUCCACGUAAUCCUGUACUAGAAGCAAAAGAUCUGACCUUGUGUAUCUCCAACCCCCCUGGGACAGAAUCUACAGUGUAAAAUAGCUAAAAUACAUCUCUCUUCCCAGGCCUCCUAUGAGCUGCCCCCCGACCACCAGUAUGAACAAGCAACAGGGCAAGGAGUCCCUAAAGGAUAAGGUGAAGGGGAUUUUUGGGAUUGGGUCAUCGCGGCUGCCCAACAAGCAGGCAGAGAACAAGUCCUCCGAGUUCAUCAUAACGCUGGAAAUACUUAAGGAGCUGAGUCCCGAGUGUGGGCUGCAUAACAGGAUCCGGGUUAUCAGCCACGUCUGCGAGCUGGCCAAGACCAAGAAGUUUGAAGAGAAUGCGGUCGAGGCUCUGUGGAGCGCAGUGGGGGACAUGCUGCACCCGGAACAGCCUGCUGAGGCCCGGCAUGCUGUGUUGCAGCUGCUACGAGCCAUCAUCCAGGGACAGGGGGAGAGGCUUGGUCCUCUGCGUGCCUACUUCUUUAAGAUCAUUAGGGACUACCAGCCGUCCAGUGAGGACCUGACAGACCGGCUGGAGGUAUUCAGGGCGCUCACAGAGAACGGGAAGGACAUCACCCACCUGGAGGAGGACAUAGCCUUAUUCGUGGAGCUGUGGAUAAACGUGGGUCUGACUUCUGACUUCCUCCAUGUGCUGGUCAACCUGGUCAAGUUCAACAGCUGCUACCUGGACCGGAACGUAUCGCACAUGGUCCUGGAAAUUUGUCUUCUGUGCAAUCGGACCACGUCUUCCACAGACAUAGAGGUGGCGCUGCAAGUUCUGGAUGCAGUGGUAUGUUACAACUGCUUGCCAUCUGACUCCCUUCCCAGCUUCAUCAUCACCCUGUGCCGCACAGUCAACGUCAAGGAGUUCUGUGAGUCCUGCUGGAAGUUGAUGCGGAAGGUGUUAGGGACUCACCUGGGCCACAGUGCCAUCUAUACCAUGUGCCACAUCAUGGAAGAGAGGGCCUACAUGGAGGAUGCCGCCCUGUUGCGUGGUGCGGUGUUUUUCGUGGGGAUGGCGCUGUGGGGCGCGCACCGGCUGGCCACGCUCAAGAAUACCCCCACGUUGGUGCUGCCUUCUUUCUUUAAGGCCAUGACCAAAACCAAUGAGGUGGUCUCCUAUGAGAUUGUGCUCUCUAUCACCCGCCUGAUUAAGAAGUAUGGCAGGGAGCUGCAGGUGGUCACCUGGGACAUCCUGCUCAGCAUCAUAGAGCGUCUGCUGCAGCAGAUCCAGGUGAUAGGUAGCCAUGAGCUGAAGACCAUUGUCCAUGAGCUUCUCACCACUGUGGAGGAGCUGUAUGAGCAGAAUGGCUACCACGGCUCCUCAGAAAGGUUCUUCUCACUCAUUGAGAAGUGUGCUGACAAGCGCCCGGAGUCGUCUGUGAUGACCCUCAUUUCCUACCGGGCCCACUCCAUCCAGCCAGCUAAGGAUGGCUGGAUCCAGAGCCUGCACAAACUCAUGGAGAAGUUCUUUAGAAAUGAAACUCGCAGCGCUAUCAGGGUGAAGGUCCUGGAUGUGCUCUCCUUCGUCCUCAGCACCAACCGCCAACUCUACGAGGAGGAGCUCAUCGAGGCCGUGGUGAUCCCGCAGCUGAGCCUCAUCGCUGAGGAUCGUGAUCUUCAUGUGCGCAAGCUGGCCACGCAGCUGCUGGUGGAUUUAGCUGAGGGCUGCAGCACGCACCACGUCAGCAGCCUGCUGGACAUCAUAGAGAAGGUGGCCAGUCGCUCCCUGUCCUCGGUGGGACCUGCUGAUGUCCUGGACCGAGACCCCCUGGCUGACUCUCCCAUGGAGGACGUGAAGACGGCUGUCUUGGGCUUGCUGGAGAUUCUGCAGAGCAAACUGUACAGCCUCCCAGCCAGCCAUGCCAGCCGCGUCUACGAGCUGCUUAUUGGUCACCUGCAGCUGCACUACAAGAACAAGUACAGCUCUGCUAUCGCCUGCAGCAUCCGUCUGCAGGUGUUCGACUUCCUGCUGCUGAUGCGGGCCGACUCUCUUCACCGCCUGGGCUUGCCCAACAAGGAUGGGCAACUCCGCUUCAGCCCCUACUGCCACUGUGAUCUUGGGGAGGCAGAGAAGUGGGCGAGUGAGAAGAAGCAGGCCGGCCCAGUGUCGCCCCCUGCUGGCAGCCCCGCUCCUGCAGCGCAGCCCUCGCCUGUCCGCACGGCCUGCCUGCCCUACUCGCUGGCCUUCUCUGUCGUACUGCAGUGCCUCCGGAUGGAGACAGACUGGAAGGUUCUGAAGCUGGUCCUGGAUAUGCUACCAUGCACUCUGCAGUACAAAGUGCUUCUGCUGACGUCGCCUUGUAACACGGACCAGCUGUGUUCCACGCUGUGCACCAUGGUGACGGACCGCCUGAUCUCUGAGCGAUUACGGAAGACCCCGGAAGGGUUCUCACGCACAGAUGUACAGCUGGCGGUGGUGCCGGUUCUGACAGCCCUCACCUCGUACCACAGCUACCUGGAACCAGCCAGACAGCGAGAGCUGGUCCAGUGCUUGGAGACGGGCCUGAUCUACCGCUGUGCCAAGCAGUGUGUCGUGGCACUCACCAUGUGCACUGUGGAGAUGCCCGACAUCAUGAUCAAGCUGCUGCCUGCUCUCAUCGUCAAGCUCACGCACAUCUCGGCAACGGUCGCCAUGGCAUCACCCAUGCUGGAGUUCUUGUCCACUCUGGUGCGGCUCCCCCACCUGUAUGCCAACUUUGUAGCCGAGCAGUACGUCAGCGUAUUCGCCAUCUCCCUGCCCUACACCAACCCUUCGAAGUUCAAUCAGUACAUUGUGUCCCUGGCGCACCAUGUCAUCGCUAUGUGGUUUAUCCGCUGUCGGCUCACCUUUCGCAAGGAUUUCGUGCAGUACAUCACCAAGGGUCUGCGCUCCAACGUUCUCCUGCCCUUUGAUGACACGCACGAGCAGAGCAGCUUUCGUGCACGAAGCACCAGCCUCAAUGAGAGGCCCAAGAGUCUCCGGACAGCCAAAGUGGCAAAGCAGGCCCCCGCUGGCAGCUCCCCCGUUAAGGAGCUGAGGGAGGUCUCGGCCAUGGACGCCUUCCGGUCCCGAAGCAUCAGUGUGUCCGAGCACGCGGUGCGCAGGAUGCACACCUCCAUCACCACCAGCAGCCUGGGCUCUGCGGACGAGAGCCCGGCGGCGCAGCAGGUGGAUGACGGACUGAAGACUGUGCACCUGGAGCUGACCGAGACCUGCAUGGACAUGAUGGCCCGCUACGUCUUCUCCAACUUCUCUGCUCUGCCCAAGAGAUCUCCCAUUGCGGAGUUCCUGCUGGCGGGGGGGCCCAGCAUGACUUGGCUGGUGGGUAACAAGUUGGUGACCAUCACGACCAGUGGGGGGACGCGCACACAGACGCUACUGGGAAUGGACGCUGUGGAGCGCCCUGGGGGCGGAGAGAUGACCAGGUCAGACCCCUCCCUUCACACGAGGCUCACCAAAGAAGCCCCUGCCAAGCUGGAGUCGCAGUCUGGCCAGCAGGUCAACAGAUCCACGCGGAUCCGGGUCCGCUCCAUGUCCGGUGGCCAUGCCCUCCGUGCCGGGCCCACCCAGAGCCUGAGUCCGCUGGUCUCGCCCUCGGAUGAGAUCUCUGCUGCCGGCCUGGAUGGGCUUGGAUCCCUGCGCUGUGAGGAGACUGUGACAGUGCCGCAGCGGCCGCCGCCCCGGGACAAGCAGAACCUGCCUGAAUUUGUGCCCGCGCUGACGCAAGGCUGGGCUGAGAUCUUCAUCCGCAGGCCCUCAGGUAACACCAGCUGGCUGAUGUCUCUGGAGAACCCACCCAGCCCCUUCUCCUCGGAGCUGGGCAACAUGCCCCUGCAGGACCUGUCUAGCGUGCUGAUGGCCAUGGAGAGGCUGACGGACGCGGACCCCCCCGAGUCCCCUGGCCCUCCCCCUGCUGCCGCUGCCGUCCCUCCACCGACCCACAAGGCAAUGCUCAUGCAGCGCUCAAUCACAGUGGCAUCUCUCUCCUCUCUCUGCCUGUCCGGCCCCCCCACCAGGUUACACAGGAGUAUUUCCUGGGCAGACUCUGUGGUCGUCGUGGAGGGUGGGGGUGCUGAGUCCUUGUCACAGUCCCCCGGAAGCGAGGAGUUUGAAGGUGUUUCAGAGCCCAUCUUCAUCGGCACAGACCACUGCAGUGGAAUGGGACCCUACAGCAGGUCUUCUUCUAGCUCCAGCCAGGAUGAGGACAAGUCUACGCUGGAGGAGGUGAGCUUGGGGGCCAUUCCGAUCGACCAGUCCCCUGUCCCUCCCUCGACCUCUGGGGUGCCGGAAGCAGAAGUCCACUACCACCCAACACAGACCCUGAACAAAUCAAGCUCCUCCCCAGAGCUCCAAACCCUGCAGGAGGCCUUCGCAGAGGGCCCUGGCCUGAUGGAGGGACCUGGGGGGCAGGCCCCUGGGGGGCAGCCCCCCGAGGAUGAGGCAGGGGCUCGAGUGGAGCUGGCGGACCAGCCGGAAGCCCCUGCCCCCACAUUGGGAAUGAGGCUGGAGUUCCCAGCCAUCCAACCGGGGCCCCUCUCCCCCGGGGGCCACCGACCUCGGGGGCACACCAUCUCGGUGUCUGCCCCCUCCCGUCGUGAGAGGAAGAUGGAGCGCGACGCUUACCACAACCGGGCCGCCUCUUCCAACUCUGAGAAGAAUUCCGGACUCAAUCCCAGCUUUGUCUUCCUUCAGCUUUUCCACUCUCCCUUCUUCGGGAAUGAGGCCAACAAGCCGCUGCUGCUGCCCAAGUCCGAGCUCAUCGACCGGACUGUCAAAGUACUGGAUCAGAUGCCCCCAUAUGACACGCACAAGAUCGGCGUGGUGUUCGUGGGAGCAGGACAGGUGAACAACGAAGCCUCGAUCCUGUCCAACGAGUACGGCUCCAACAGGUACACCCAGUUCCUGACCGGGCUGGGCAAGCUCAUCCACCUGAAGGACUGCGAACCGGACCAGAUCUACCUGGGGGGCCUGGACCAUUAUGGUGACGAUGGGGAGUUCACCUACUGCUGGCACGACGACAUCAUGCAGGCCAUCUUCCACAUCGCCACCCUGAUGCCCACACGGGAGUCGGAUAAGGGCUGCUGCAAUAAGAAGAGGCACAUCGGCAAUGACUUUGUCAUGGUCGUGUACAAUGACUCCGGAGAGGAGUACAAGCUGGGCACCAUCAGGGGCCAGUUCAAUUUCGUAGAGGUCAUCAUCCGACCCCUGGACUAUGAGAGCAACCUGGUGACCCUGCAGUGUCGGAAAGAUCUGGAGGGUCUAGUGGACACCAGCGUGGCUAAGAUUGUGUCGGACCGGAACCUUCCACUGCUGGUGCGGCAAAUGGCCCUGCAUGCUGAUAUGGCGUCACUCGUGCACCAGCACCGCUCGAACCCUUCUGAGGCCUACGCCUCCAAAUGGCUGGCGAGACUGAGGCACAUCAAGAAGAUCCGCACACGCGCCCAGGAGGAGAUUCAGUCCCGGCCCCAACCAGGGAUCUCCCUGACCCAAAGCCAUGGCUCCAUGCAGAGCAAGUCGUCAUCCUACCAGCAGGGCGGCGCCGCACCCAACCCUGAAUCGGGCCAGAGAAAGCGACUGGUAUCCACUGUUGAUGAUUUCACUGACUUUGUUUGAGUUUGGGGCCUCCCUGGUGCCCCUUGGCCUCCCCCUUUUCCUGUUGGAGUCUGGGAGGUUCCCUCAUGAGCUUUGACCUCUUCCUUUUCCCGUUAAAUCCCUGCUGAGUGAUGCUGGUGGCAGUGUGAGGGGUUAGGGGUGGGGCAGUAUGUAACAUCCCACAUGACUUUGACUCACACAGUUUGACAGUACCCUAUAGACUGGAUCUAUGUUGCCAUGGCUACCACCAUCCCCCACCCCCUUUAUCAGUCAGUAUCAAAUGCGAAGGAUGUUUUAAGUGGCACCGUUGGCAUGGGGGCAGGUCGCCAGGCUCCUUUUGCCAAUGGGCCCUCCAUACAGAGUUUUUAAAACAAAUGGUAAACUGCUCAGUCAUGUGACCAUAAUGUAACCAGUGGGGAGGGGGAGUGACUGUAUGUAAACAUGAAUAAAGAUGAGCAGCCAGCC